AGGUGCAACUUUGGGUCGGAGGCUGUUGGAAGACUAAUCUAAUUAUUGCUGUUGAAGGUUCAACUCCUGCAGUCCUGCUUUCUCCAAGGUCCUGCACUCAUGGCUCGGUUCUCUGUCACAGAUGUGAGCCUUCUGCUCCUGCUGCUCUUCUUGGUAAUCAGUGCUGAAAGUACAAAAACGGGAACAAAGACACUGAGGAGGAUGAAGAGAAACUGGCUUCCCCCUCCUGCCAAGCUCAUUGAAAACACAGAUUACUCCCACGUGAAAUAUAUUGCAAAGAUCCGCUCGGACAAAGACCAGAAGCAAAAAGUGGAGUAUUACCUGAAAGGUGAGGGUGCAGAUGAACCACCCUACAACUUAUUUGUAGUGGAUCAUGUAACUGGACUUGUGCGCAUCACCAACACGGUGGACUGGGAAACACAUCACUCCUUCCAUCUCAAAGGCAUUGCCAAAUAUUUGAAUGGGACUCAAGCAGAAGAGGAGAUUCCACUGAUUUUCACUGUUGUGGACCAGAAUGACAACGCUCCUUACUUUGAGCCGCACUAUGGGAGUGUCAACGAGUCGAGUAAAAAAGAUACCUACAUUAUGCAGAUCACGGCUAAAGAUAAAGAUGACCCAACAACUCCCAACGCUGAGAUUGCCUAUUCCAUCAUCAGCCAGGAGCCGGCUUUGGACCGCCACAUGUUCCGUAUUGGAAAAAAGACGGGAAAACUUUAUGUGAAAGAGCCCAACCUGGACCGAGAGGCACAUGACUUCUACAAGCUGGUCAUCAAAGCCACUGAUAUGGGAGGGGCACCAGAGGGUCUCACAGGUACAGGAACUGUGGAGAUCAAGGUGCUGGACAUAAAUGACAACAUUCCCACUCUGGAAAAGUCUGAGUAUGACGGAACAGUGGAGGAAAACGUUGCUGACGUUGUUGUGAUGAAAAUCAAAGCUCUGGACAAGGAUGAGAAAUUUACAGACAACUGGCUGGCCGUCUUUAAAAUUGAAAAAGGGAAUGAGAAUAAUCUCUUUUCCAUUGAGACAGAUAAUAAAACCAACGAAGGCAUCCUGAAGCUGAUCAAGGCUGUGGAUUUUGAAGAAGUGCAAAACCUGGAGCUUGGCCUGGUCAUUGGGAAUGUUGCUCCCUUCGUAGAAGGUGGCCCUUUAACCAUGGAUGUAGAUGUUGUGGUUGGUGAAGGUGACACUGCAGGUGCUGGUGCUGGUGCUGGUGCUGGUACUGGCGCUGGUGCAGGAGCUGGCGCUGGCGCUGGAGCUGGUGCUGGUGCUGGAGCUGGUGUUGAUCUAGGUCUAGAUGGAGAUUUGGGAGCAGACUUAGAUUUGGAUUUGGAUUUGGAUUUAGAUUUAAAUGUGGAUGGUGAACUGGAGGGGGAUUUAGGACUGGAUGCAGAACUUGGUCCUGGUGUUGGAGUCAAGCCUGCAGGCGGGGUCAAUCCUAACGUUGGACUUAAGCCUGGGCCUGGAGUGGGGGUUGGAGUUAACCCAAACCUCCCAAGCAUGCCAGUCAAACCAGGACAAAAACCCAACAAGAAGCCCAAACCCAAACCCAAACCCCAACCCAAACCCAAAAGCUAUCCUAUCAAGAUAGCAGUGAAAAAUGUUCCAGAAGGUCCAGCAUUUAUACCCACCAUCAAGGAGGUUCCAGUGUCUGAGGACAAAAAUACAUUACCUGAAGAUGGAGUCAUCACCGUGUUUGCUGCAGUCGAUCCAGAUACAAAAAAGCCGGCUGAAGAUGUCAGUUAUGCCAAAGGCCUUGAUCCAGACAACUGGUUUACCAUUGAUGAAAAGACUGCCGAGAUUAAACUCAACAAGGUACCAGACAGAGAGUCUCCAUUCUUGGUCAACGGUGUCUACAUGGCCAAAAUUCUGGCUAUAAGCAAAGACAUGCCCCCCAAAACAGCCACAGGAACUAUUGCCAUCAAAGUGGCGGACUCCAACGACAACUGUCCCAUUCUGACCAGCACGCACAGCAGUCUGUGCUCUGACAAAAAGACUGUGUUUGUCACUGCUUUCGAUGGAGAUGUUGAUCCUAAUGCUACUCCUUUCUCAUUCAACAUUGUUCCUGAAGGAACACAAGGCGGCUGGGAUGUGGAGCUCGUCAAUGGAACCACUGCUGCUCUUCACUCCCAAGAAACAUUGUGGCCUGGAGUAUAUGAGCUGCAGCUGGAGGUCAGGGAUGCUCAGAAUCUGUCCUGCCCAUCCAGUGAGGUUUUCACCGUUGAUGUCUGCACCUGUGAGGGAACGGAGGAUUGCAGCCUGAACGUGGGGCGGCUGAGAUCCAAGUCGACUGAGGUGUCUUUAGGAGCCAUUGGACUACUGAUGAUGGCGUUGUGCUUGUUGCUAUUUGUCCCUCUUUUCCUGAUCUUGUGUCAGUGUGGAGGAGCAGAUAAAGUUUUCCCAGACCAGUUCAGUAAACUACCGUUUGAAACCACCGAGUAUCUGAUAGUUUAUGACACCGAAGGCAAAGGCGAGGACAAGGAGUUACCACUCCACAGUGUUCCUGUUGGUUCCACAAAAAACCCUGAUGGCACGGCUUUUAUGAAUUUCAACACCAUGUCCUCAGCUUACACAAACACGGCCCACAUGCACACCGUAAAAGGGUCUGUAAACAUGUUUGGGGAGGGAACAGGAUUGAUAGAGACCGACAGCUCCCCCGGGUUUGUAAGGGAGGACUUACUCCACGGCUCUGCAGCAUUUGGAAUACAGACAUUCAUGCAGGACACAGCGGCCCUGGAUGAGGACAUGGCCCUACCUGAUGAUUUUCUUGACAGCUACUACUCACAGAAAUCCAUGUGUGACUUCCCAAUCAAAGACACACUGAUGGAAUAUGACCACGAGGGCCAGGGGUCGUCUGCUAACUCGGUGGGCUGCUGCAGCCUUUUGGACUCUGACACAGACUUAAACUUCAUCAAUGACCUUGGUGAAAAGUUCAAAACUCUGGCAGAGAUUUGCUCCCCUCCUUCCAUAACUGUCAGAUCCUCCGUGACAAAGGCAACACCCGAUGUUCUCAGAACCACAUCGGAUGUGGUUCAACCAGUUUUGAGGCCUCAGGUUAAGAGUGUCGUUGUAACAAAUAAGUCUGGCAUAAACACAGAGACAUCUGUGUCAUCUACAAAAGUCCUUGCUUCAUCUUCCAGCAAAGUUAGCAGGGCCUCAUCAUGCAAGACACUUCCUCAUCACUCCCAUAUCACAAACGUUGGUCGUUCCUCUGAUAUUGGCCGUUCUUCUGAUAUUGGCCGUUCUUCUUAUCUUGGCCGUUCUUCUGAUCUGGGCUAUUCUUCCGAUCUUGGCCGUUCUACUGAUCUGGGCCGUUCUCCUGAUCUGGGCUAUUCUUCCGAUCUUGGCCGUUCUACUGAUCUGGGCCGUUCUUCUGGUCUGAGGCGUUCUGCCACACUGCAUUAUCCCAGUCAGAGAGUUGUCCUGCAGCAGCCACUUUACUACACCACCAACGAUGUGAUGCAACCAAUGCAGUACGUAAUGGCACCUAAUCCGCAGAACACUCUUAUGCUUGACAACUGGUCUAGUGGAACCAAUCUUUCAGGACUUGUUCUGAUCAAUGGUUCUCAGGGUCCAUCUGGACCUCUUAUCAGUGAAGGACCAGACUCACUUUCAGGGCUAGUUACCUCAAGCACACAGAGCUUUGUAAGUCUCCAAAGUCCUGUCAGCCCCACAAGUCCAGUCGGAGCUGCAAUGUAUGUGUCUGCCCCCCCAGGUUCUGGAGAUGGUUCUAGCUCACUAGACAGCUGGGGAAUGAUGGCACCAAAUUCUGGUGGCAGCUUCAUGCUACUCUCAAACAAUGUGCUUGAAGAGGAGAACCCAGGUCCUUAUCAGGGCAUUUUGCCCAGAUAUGUGAACCUGGAGAAUGAGGCUGUUCCCCUUCAGAGGGUGUGUAAUGUGGCAGCCCAGGUAACAAUAUUCCCAGAACACUUUGCUGUUGCUGUAAAGCACAGUUCUAUUAAAUUUCCCAUUAUCUGGGACAGAAAAUUGAACCUGAAAAAAACAGGCUUUGUUUUAGGAAAAAAUAGGAAAACAAGGUUGCAGCAAAUCAUGGCCCAGUUUUGGUUUUCUUUCUUAGUAACAUUGUACUUGUUUGUGUGGGGGGGCUAUAAGGACAUAUACAGGCCAACGUUUUACAAACUCAGACCUGCAUAGUUGGAAUAAAACACUUAAAAAAUAAUUAAUAACAAAGAGGGUUGAUCAGAAAGACAGCAAACACCAGUUCUCCAGCAGAUACUUUUCAUCUUAGGCAAGAUUUGAAUAAGAAAUCCAAACUCUGAACAACAGAGCUAUCAGCUAUCAGAAGCUCUCCGGUUGCAUCCUCCUUAAGAGAAGACAGGAAAAAGGUAGAAGUUGAUCUCAAUUUGGCUCUGAAAACCUUUGGAUAACCCAAAUGGGCCUUCAACAGGACAACAUCUCACACCAGGAAGAACACAGGAGAAGACAAAACCAUUGUCCUUCUGCACAAUAUCAGAAACAUAACAGAAUUUUUGCUAAACACCAAAUAGAAGUUCAUUUCAAACCUAGCAACACACAGAGGCUGAAGCAGGUCCACCCCAAAGACCUGACAUCCAAAGAAAACAGAAACAGUAUAGUUUAUGCAGUCCAUAUAUCCAUUUGCACCCUGGGAAUUCAACUCCAUGCAUCUAUGGACUCCCCAGGAUUCACAAGUAAGGAGUUCCCCUCGGAUCUAUAAUUAACAGAAUCAAUCUUGGAAUCACUGGUUGGAGACCCACAUUACCACAUCCACAACUCAGAGUAUUUUGCCAGAGGACUGCGACUGGACACAUUGGACAUAUGCUUGAACCCCAGUCACUUCAGUUACAAAGUUGAAUUCGACAAGCAGAAGCAAAGCUGUGCCAUGGGAUCCCCAGUGGCUCCAAUUGUUGACAACUUAUACAUGGAGAAACUUGGAUGAGGGGUGAAACGUUUCAAGGAAGAAGAUUUUAAGACCACUGGCUUUCCCUCAACCUCACGACAAUGCCACCUGGAUGAAUGAGAAUCUCUGAGCAGUCCAGUGCAGUGACAAAUGCUCAGAACUGUACAUUGAAGAAACUAACAUAACACAAGGGGAUUCUUGACAGAGAAGGCAGAUGGUUUAAAACGAGGGUCAUAGAAGCAAUACAUGUCCAUGUUAACCCUUCCCUCAACAGAGGGGGAGGCCUCAGACACAAUUUGUCUCCAGUUUACCAUGUUGCCCUAUCAUUUUCAGUCUGAAUACACCCAAAGUGGACCCUGGUGCGGGACCAGGAACCGCUCUCUGACCCAUCUUUCAAGGUGGUAUCAGUUUGUUUCUAAUUGGACUGAGCUCCGGUUUGCCCUGAGAUUUCUCAGUCUGAAUACAAUCCGUCCUCAGAGCGAAACAACUGGACCAAAACGGCCACCGUAGCCUGUAAACAGAGAGCCGCAGACAAACAUGGAGCAACAACAAGACACAACAACUCAUUGAAAUGUGGACGGAUUACGCAGGCUCAUUAGAACUUUUAACGUGAUCCACAUGGCUUCUCACUGUUUUCCCAACAAUCUAUAUGUCACAGACACUUAUUAGCGUACCUUCUUCGUCGUCUUCUUGCCAGUAACCGCCCUGAAGCAUGCCUCCACCGGACCAAAGUAACAAGUAAAAAGGUGUUCAACCUGACGUUGAUGCAGACGUUCAAAGUUGGUCAGAGAAAUGAAGUGGGCAAAAGUUUGAACCAGUGAACUAUCCCGACAAGGACUACAAAGUGCAGGACUUCCAUUAUUUGAAAACAGAAAUCUAGCAGGUCUGAAUUCAUAGAGUAAAUGCACAAUCUUUCAAUAGUUUCAUAGAGUAAAUGCACAAUCUUUCAAUAGUUUGACAUUUUUUAGAAGAUCUCUGUUCCUGUGGAUCUGCUUCUGGCAGUAGAGGUGGGUGUAAAACUUGGUGGAUGUGUUUGUUGUGUAAGUAUAAAACAAGUUUUCUUCUUAGUAUUUCUAGUAAAUCCUUGGUGCAUGGGGCUGCUAAAAGCACUUUGUCAGUUACUGAGGGGAUUUUUAAUCUUUUGUCUAUUUUGGAGCUCUUUUUUUUCAAGCUUAGAUCAGCUUCAGAAAAGUCAAGGUUGGAAAGAAAUUCAGAUGGAAAAAAAACCAGCCUAACUCUAUUUUUGGCUGCGGUUGGUUUCUGUGAUUCUUUCUCUGUACUUUCAUGAGCAGAAAGGACGUGUUUGAACAAUAAACUUCCCAGUUUGCUGGAUGUA